AUGCCGCUGGUGGACCGACGUGGUGGCCUGUCGCCUAGCAAGGCAGACUCGCCUUUGAAGCGAUCCAUCGCAGGCACUGUAGGGGCACGUGUGCCCAUGUCGGGCAUUCGCACGCCCAGUUCCUCCUCGGUAGCUCGUUUGACGGAGGCAGGCGUCCCCAGUGAGCCGAUUCAGGCGUUCUUGCGUAUUCGUCCAGCGUCCAUCGACGAGGAAGACGCGAACGAGACGCAGCCGUACAUUCAAGUGGUGUCUGAUACUGAUGUUAUUCUCACGCCACUGCCCGAGUCGACGUCGUCCAAAUCCAUGUCGCGUUUGCGCUCAGCCGCGUCGGCCGGGCCCACGAAGUACACAUUCUCCCAAGUGUUCCCACCGGAAGCGGGCAUGGAAACGGGCGAGCCUGGUGCCCAGCGUGCUACGGCGCAAUCGCAGUUUUUUCAGGUCACGACGCUACCUCUGGUCCAAGACUUGCUUGAAGGGAAAAACAGUUUGGUGUUCACGUAUGGCGUUACAAAUUCAGGCAAGACGUACACUGUGCAAGGCAGUCCACGUCGCGGCGAGUCUGGUAUUCUUUUGCGCACCAUUGAUGUGCUGUUCAACAGCAUCGAUGGGUACGAGUGCACGCGAGCUGUUCGUCCUAUGGGAUUGACAGGCGUGCAGCCUGGCAUCUCCGACUCCAGCAAAAGCUUGUUGGCCAGUCGAACUCGACCUCGACCUCGUCUGCGACCUGGCCAGACACGGGAGGCAGGCGACGUCUCACGUUCGGACAUCAUCUCAGAGCCGUACGAUAUCGAUCCUACCAAGCUGGACAUUGACAAGGACUAUCGCUACAGUAUAUGGGUCAGCUAUGUGGAAGUGUACAAUGAGAAGCUGUACGACCUAUUUGAGAUGCCCAUGUCAUCGCUUCUUACACGUAUGGAUACGCGGCGCGAGUACGGUACGAGCGAAGCGGAUGCCAAGCAGGCGCCCACACGGCGUCCUCUGCUUCUGAAGAGCGAGGUGGAAAGUGGCGGGAAAUACGUCGGUGGUCUCAAAGAAAUCAAAGUAUCGUCCAUCCAAGAAGCCCGGGAUCUGAUUCGGUGUGGCCAGGAGAAUCGAUCUGUGUUUAGUACCAUGGCCAAUCGGUCCAGUUCGCGAUCGCACAGCGUGUUUACGAUCAAAGUGUUGCGCGAAUACACAGGUGUGGAUCUGCCAGGGCAUGACGUCGCUGGGCUCAGCCGCAAGUACUUUGUGUCGCGGCUGAGCAUUGUGGAUCUCGCAGGCAGCGAGCGGAUUGCCAAUACUGAUAUUUCUGCCGGUCCACGCCUGAAAGAAGCGGGCAGCAUCAACAAAAGCCUGAUGUGUUUAGGGCAGUGCCUAGAAACGAUGCGCAAGAACCAAAUCCGGGCGGGUAUAAGUACCGGGUCCGAUCACAAAGCGUCGCUAUCGCAAUCGCAAUCCAGUGAACCCCGACGGCGGCGGCAGAGUAUUGUGCCGUUCCGUCACUCGAAACUUACCGAGCUCUUCCAGUCGUUUUUCCUUGGCGAUGGCAAAGUUGUGAUGAUCGUCAAUGUCAACCCUUACGGCACAGGCUACGAAGAAAAUGCCCAUGUGAUGCGGUUUAGUGCUAUGGCCAAAGAUGUGGGCAUUCAAGUCACAUCGAACGCCGUGCCACGGAGUGUAAGCAGCGCAAGUCUAUCGCAGCUGGACGAUGGUGUGGAUGACUCUGACGACGAGUCUGUCGAGGAGACCGAGCAAGAUGAAUUUGUCAACAUGUUGCUCGCCGAAAAUGAGCGUCUCCGUCAGCGUUGCGAACGUGCCGAGAGUCUGCUGCAAGUGAUGGAAAAAUCAGUGCGUGAUGAAAUGGCGCAAUAUACCGAGGCGGCGCUGAAGAAAAUGCAACUGUACUAUGAAAAGCAGCUUCAAGCUGAGAUCGAUGCCAAUGAUGCCUUUGUGGACCGCAAAAUUGAUCUAUUCGCACGUUUAUCACGCACAGAGCAAAGUGACUCUUCCAUGUCCUCGGCUACAGAAAACGAUGAUAGCGCUGUGUUCCACGCAUUGAAAGAAAAAGAAGAGGACAACAUUUCGCAGUCGCCCACCUCUCAGACCAAGUCUGUGCCAAGCGAUGUGCUCAUGUCGAUUCUCUCCGAUGACUCGCAAGAUACCCUUCUUCCGCGUGGAACACCCAGCCCAAUCAAGCGCAUGCGUCGGCUUCGCCCGCAAACGGCGAUUCAGGCGGACGAUAUGGACCACUUGGCCGAUGUCUCUGUGGAUGCUACGCCCCGUCGAGAUGUUCGUCGCGCGCUCCGGUAG